AUGUUAACUGGAGAAAUUUCAAUGACAAAUGGAAAUGCAUUUGUCAAUAAUUAUAGUGUUAUUAAACAAUUAGAUUCUGUUCAUCAAAAUUUAGGUUAUUGUCCACAAUUUGAUGCACUUGAUUCUUUAUUAACAGCACGCGAACAUCUUUAUUUUUAUGCUCGUUUACGUGGAAUCAAGAGAAAGAAUAUUCCAUUUAUUACCGAACGUUUAUUAAAACGACUUGAUCUUACACUCUGGGCUGAUAGACCAGUAAAACAAUAUUCUAGUGGUAAUAAACGUAAAUUAUCAACAGCUGUAUCACUUAUAGGUAAUCCACCAAUCGUAUUUAUGGGUGUAAGUUUAAAAAUAAACUAUUUUCUAUAG